GGAGGUAAUAAUAUCGUGCACGCGAAGAAGAAGCAAGCCAGUAAGAGGAAGUUAAAUCAGGACUGGCGUAUUUUAGCCGUCCGCCAUUUCCAUCUCUCUCUCGUCCUUCUCUGCUCAUUUUCACUAUAACCUCGCUCUCUUCUCUUCUCUGCAUCACUUUUGAUCUGAUUCGAUGGCUGCUCCACCUGCUAGGGCUAGAGCUGAUUACGAUUACCUCAUUAAGCUUCUUCUCAUUGGUGAUAGCGGUGUGGGUAAAAGUUGUUUGCUUUUAAGGUUCUCUGAUGGCUCUUUCACCACUAGCUUCAUCACCACUAUUGGCAUUGAUUUUAAGAUACGAACUAUUGAGCUUGAUGGCAAACGUAUCAAGCUCCAGAUUUGGGACACUGCUGGUCAAGAACGUUUCCGAACCAUCACCACUGCUUACUACCGCGGGGCAAUGGGCAUUUUACUGGUGUACGAUGUCACAGACGAGUCAUCCUUCAACAACAUUAGAAACUGGAUUCGUAAUAUCGAACAACAUGCUUCGGAUAAUGUCAACAAAAUCUUGAUAGGGAACAAAGCUGACAUGGACGAGAGCAAGAGGGCUGUGCCAAAAUCAAAGGGUCAAGCACUUGCUGACGAAUAUGGAAUCAAGUUCUUCGAAACAAGUGCCAAAACAAAUCUUAAUGUGGAAGAAGUUUUCUUCUCGAUUGCAAAGGACAUAAAGCAGAGGCUCGCUGAUACUGACUCGAGAGCAGAGCCUGCAACGAUCAAGAUCAGCCAAACGGAUCAGGCGGCUGGAGCAGGACAGGCCACACAGAAGUCUGCAUGCUGUGGAAGUUAAAAAGUCCCAGUAGCUCUAAAAUUGAAGUGAAGUAAAAAAAAACAUAUUUUUAUGUUGUGGCGCUUUUGUAAUUUUCCCCCUUUCCUGAUUUGUUCUUAAUUGACCUUUUCUAGUCUGUUCAUGAGGGUAAUAGAAUCUUGAAGAUAUCGUUCGUUCUCAAACAUAUACGUUAUAUCUGAAAAACUGUCUCUGUGUCUGACUGAUUUAUUAAUCUCUUGCUUU